AUGGAAUCCAAUAACCAUGCAGAACAAACAAAGAAACAAUUAGGUCAAAUCAAUGAUUAUGUUGUAUUAUAUAAUCAACUCGAAUCUUGUAUUAGUUUCAUUCACUCGAUUCAUAAUGAAAAAAUUAUUUUCGUCUCUUCAAUUUCUGAUACAUUACAAAUAUUAUCUCAUAUUGUAAGUCUACCUCAAAUCGACAGCAUCUUUGUUUUCAAUGAAGAAAAAGUCAAUAAUGAGCAUUUAGUUCUUGAACAAUCCAAACUUAUAGGCAUCUAUGAUGAACUUGAUCUAUUGUGUUUAUCAAUCAAAGAACAAAUCAAUUUCCUCGACCAACAUUUACAAACAUUUAGCUUCUUCGAUCAACAUGAACAUUUCACAAAGGAUCUCUCAAAACAAACUGCUGAUCUUCUUUGGUUUCAACUUUAUCAUGAUGUCCUUUUUGACUUAACACACGACAAAGAAGCUAAACAAGAAAUGAUCGAUGUUUGUCGUUCCUAUUAUCGAGACAAUAUCAAAGAAUUGGAAAUGAUUAAGAAGUUUGAAAAUGAAUAUCGAUCAGAAGAAGCUCUUCAAUGGUAUCUGGAAAAAUCAUUUCUCUAUAAAAUGAUCAAAAAAGCAUUAAGAACCAAAGAUUUUGAUCAACUCUUCACAUUUCGGUAUUUUAUGAAAGAUUUAAUAGAAAAUCUCGUUCGAGAACAUCAAAGUAUGGUUCAAUUUGGUAAAGAAAUACUAUUCAUGUAUCGAGGAAUGAAAUUGACAAGUGAUCAAAUCGAAAAAUUCAAAAAGAACGAAGGUAAACUUGUUUCAAUUAAUGGAUUUUUCACAACAGCUAUUCUUCGUUCAACUGCAUUGAGCCAAAUGAUAAAACCUUCAAAACAAACUGAUCUUAUUUCUGUUCUCAUAGAAAUUCAAUAUGAUUUACAACACAUGAGCAACAGUGUCAUCGUUGCUGACAUUAUUCAAUUCAAUGAAAUUUCAUGUGAAGACCAACAAGAAAUUCUUUUUGAUUCAAAUAUCACUUUUCGAUUGGAAAGUGUGAGAAUGGAAGAAGACAUGUAUGUUAUUGCGAUGAGUGCAUCAAAUGAAGGUCAACUUAUCAAAGAUAAAUAUAUCCAAGAUUCACGUCGCCAGAUGGAAAAUCUAAGUAUCAGAAUUCUCUUUGGGCGAUUGAUGUGUGAUAUGGGUCAAUGGAAACAAUCACAACAUUUCUUUGAACAUUUAUUGAAUGAUUCGAAUAAUAACAAUGAAGAUCUCGCAAAGGUUGAAUGUAGUCUAGGUGAGGUUCUUCAAUGGACAGGUGAAUGGAGUGAAGCACGAAAAUAUUACAAUCGUGCUUAUGAUCGAAUGAUGAAUAUAAAACCAACACGGAUCAAGGAUUUAGCUUAUAUACUUUUCAAUAUUGGUGAGAUUCUCUAUCUAGAAGGAAAAUACGAAGAAGCUCGUGAUUAUUAUGAACGAGCAUUGGCAAUGCAAAAAGAAACUUAUUCUUCUAGUAAGUACGAUGAAACUCUGAAGACUCAUGAACGAGCAUUGAAAAUGCUACAAAAAUAUUAUCCGACUGGACAUGCCGAUAUAGCUUGUAUACUUUGUGGAAUAGGAAAUAUUUACUAUACACAAGAGAAAUAUGAUGAAGCUCUGACAUUUCAUGAACAAUUACUAGAAAUGAUACAGAAAUAUUAUUUUCCUGGCCAUGACAAUAUUAUUUGUACUUUAAACAACAUUGGCUAUAUAAAAAAGGAACAAGGAAAGCUUGAUGAAGCUCUUGAUUUUCAUCGACGAGCACUAGCACUUCAAGAGGAAUAUUAUCCAUCUUAUUAUGCACGCAUCGCUGACACUCUGAGUUACAUUGGUAUUGUUCUUCUUGAACAAAAAAAAUAUGAUGAAUCCUUGAGGUUUCAUGAACGUGCACUCGAAAUGCAAGAGAAAUAUUAUCCAAAUGGUCAUGUGGACAUUGCGACAACUCUCAGUCAUAUUGGUACAACAUUUCAUAAACAACAAAAAUUUGAUAAAGCCAUUGAAUAUCAUCAAAAAGCAUUAGAUAUUCAAGAGAAACAUUAUUCAUCAGACAGUAUCUUCAUAGUUGAUACCAUCAAUCGUAUCGGUCGUAUUUUGUGCGAUGAAAAAAAGUAUGAGGCAGCAAUGAAAUAUUAUCAAAAGGCACUUUCAAUGCAAGAGCAUUUUUAUCCUGAUGGUCACAUUGAAAUUUCUCGUACUUUCAACUUCAUUGGUAAUAAUCUAUAUGAUCAAAAGAAGUACGACGAAGCACUUCAAUUUCAUCAAAAAGCCUUGACUAUUCAAGAAAAACAUGAAUAUGCUCAUGUCGACAUCUCGAACUGUCUGAAUUCUAUUGGUAAUGUGCUAUAUAGCCAAAGAAAAUAUGAUGAAGCUCUGGAUUUCUAUCAACGAUCAUUAGCUAUUCGAGAGAAAUUUCAUCCAUUUGCUUACGCUAGCAUUGCUACCAUUCUUAACAAUAUUGGUUUAGCCUCUUACGGACAAAGAAAGCAUGACAAAGCUCUGAACUUCUAUCAACAAGCAUUAAUAAUGCGAGAGAAAUUUGAUGCACAUAAUUCUGCUGGCAUUGCUAAUAAUCUAAUAGACAUCGCUAAUGUUCUAAGAGAUCAAGGAAAGUACAAUGAAGCUAUCGAGUUCCAACAACGAGCAUUGAUGAUACAAGAACAAAAUUAUCCUUUUGGUUACGUGAAAAUUGCUUAUAAUUUGAGCAGCAUCUCUAAUAUACAAAGAUGGAGAGGUAAACAUGAACUCUCUCUUAUAUAUGAACAGAAUUGUUUCUGUAUGCGUCUCAAAGCUUUGCCAUCAGAUCAUGAAGAAAUUGGCCAUAGUUUAUCAAAAAUAGGUGAAAUUUAUGAAAAACUUCAUAAUUCUAUGUUGGCACUUGAUUACUAUCAACAAGCAUUAGCGGUCUACCAGAAAUGUUUGCCUUCUUCUCAUUAUGAUCUAAGAACAAUGCAAUCAAAUAUUGAACGACUUUCGGAAGAACUUGAAAUAGAAUUCGAAUAA